AUGAUGAUGACGUGCCGUCUGCUGUGCGCCCUGUUGGUGCUCGCCCUGUGCUGCUGCCCCUCCGUUUGCGUGAUGGCGAGUGAAGUUAAUGAUGCCCCCAGAACUGACCCCGCUGUGCCAAAGGCAUCACGGUUACAGGAACCAGGCAAAAAAGAAGAGAUAUCAGGCAGAAAGGAAAAGGACCCAUUCAUAAUUGAUGAGGAAAUAGUUGCUUCGGACGGUAGAGAUAACAGAAAAGAUUUGCCAACCGGUGGGUCCUCCAACAAUCAAGGUGCUUCAGGUGUGUCGGGUCAGUCACAGUUACAAAGUCCUGGAGUUCUGCUACAGCUACCUACUGCACCAACCGUUGCGUCAGGGGCACAAAGUGGGCCGAUUGUACCCGAAAAAGAAGAAAAGAAGACGACUGCAUCAAAGACCACGACGACCACAACCACAAAGGCACCAACUACGACUACCAAAACAACGACAACGACCGCCGCGCCAGAGGCAACAAGUGAUGCGGCCAACAGUGCAGAAGUACCAACCACGACGACCACCCGCACACCGUCACGUCUUCGCGAAGUCGACGGCAGCCUCAGCAGCUCUGCGUGGGUGUGUGCGCUGCUGCUGCUGCCGUUUGUUACGGUGCGGCGGCUGUUUGUGUUGUAG